GCUAUUUGCGCUAUAAACAUUACUGGCCAAGGCACGAGCCUCCUGUCGGGAAGUAUGAGGGCACGCUUUCGUAUAGCUCUAGCGUACUUUAGGCCAUCGCGCACGUGAUGCGCUCCUUCCUGCCUCGCUAAAUAAAUCGCUCUUGCGUUAGCUUAUCACACCCCUACUCAUCCAUAACUAUACAUCAUGUCCACAUCAAACCCCGUCACUGCAGUAAAAUUGGUGCUUCUCGGAGAAGCCGCCGUCGGAAAAUCCUCACUUGUGUUGCGCUUUGUGAGCAACGACUUCCAGGAGAACAAGGAGCCCACAAUCGGGGCGGCGUUUUUGACCCAGCGCUGCACCAUCGGCGCCAAAACCAUCAAAUUUGAAAUCUGGGACACAGCAGGGCAGGAGCGGUUUGCUUCGCUAGCUCCCAUGUACUACCGCAACGCUCAGGCCGCGCUCGUGGUAUAUGACGUCACCAAGCCCGCGUCCUUCAUCAAAGCCCGCCACUGGAUCCGCGAGUUGCACGAACAGGCCGCCCCCAACAUCAUCAUUGCGUUGUGCGGAAACAAGUACGACUUGAUCGAGGGUGAAAUUGAGGGUGAGGACGCCAAGCGAAAGGUGAGUGUGGAGGAGGGCCAGAAGGUUGCUGAGGAGGAGGGGUUGUUAUUCUUCGAAACUAGCGCAAAGAGCGGACACAACGUGAACGAGGUCUUCAUGGCUAUCGGCCACAAGAUCCCGGAGAAGCGCAGUGAAACUGAGCGGUCAGCUGGUGAUGCCGCACGCGAGGCAGACAGGGUCGACUUGAGCAACGUCGUGAAUGACACUCAAGCCGACGGGUGGGUGGAGAAUGGCCAGAUAUGUUUAAAAUACAGCGCGUUGUAUGAUGAUGAAGCUGGCAGAGAAAGCAUGGGGGGUUGGUAUUUUCCAGGUAAUAUUACGCAGGAGGAUUAAUAUAGAAGAGACUGGGAGGGCUAAGGUGGGGUAUGAAGCGGGUAGAAGAAGGUAGAUAAGCUAAGGAAUUAUAAUUAGUGAGUAUAGAUACUGGUGAUAAUCCGAGGUUGAAUACUCUUACGGUUUGAUUGCAUGGCGUACAAGGCUGACCAUGAGGGGGUUGAUUUAUAUUGUACUGGGAGAGCUAAUAUUACAACUAUGUGUGUGAAAUAGAGCAAAAAAAAAACUACCAAAAUAC